GGUAAGUCCAUACCGAAAGGUAUCAGAAUCUGCAAAGUUGUGUUUUACGUUGCAUGUGACCUAAAUAAGUGUCUCGACAGAAUGAAAGAGAGCAUAUUUUUGUGGUGAGUUUGAAUUUUAUUUUGAAGAACACAUAAUAUUAUGCUUGCGCAUCUAAAACGGGAUAUGGUACCCAUUAGUGUUGUACCAUUCUCUCCCUACCUCCUUCUCUCUCCUUGCGUUUAACUACAACUUUAAACACGAUAGGCCUGUUCUGCUGAAAAAUCACCUGUGGCCUGAUUUGAAUCCAUUGUUAGACGAAUUUGACUCAUCGAUUUGUUGGAAUUAUAUUAUAAAAGGUUGUAUAUAUUGGUACAUUCUCUCUCAUUUGAAAAAACCCAAUUAUGAUAAAAACGUCCAAUUCAGUAACUACAUGUAUAUGUAUACAUACGACACACGGACUUCACUCACCCAUGCACAAUAUAUUAGCGCACAGAAAAUGUGUAUCAGCGAGCGUGUUUAUGUUUUGAUAUAUACAGUUGUAUGAUGAAUCCCUUUUCUUUAUUCUCAGCCGAGUCUUCUUUGUGGCUUUACGGAUAGGAGCGAGGUUUGCCGAUUGUGUUUCAUCAGGCAUUAAGACUGGUACCAUGUCUUUCGCUUGCGGCUGAAGUGCGGCGAGGAGCGCAAGUGCUCUCGGAAAGGCAAACUAGUCUAAGAGGCACUGAGUGCGAAUUGACAUGUUGCAACACUUCGUGUGAAAGUUGCGAGACGAACAAGACUCCAAAAGAGGUUCCAGGAGUGGUUUCCCUUAGAGCUACCCUUGAAGAUUCUGUUGGAAAACAGACUCUACAAUGGCUACAGCAUCCAGUUUCCAAGAUGACUUCCUCACUUGCAGCAUCUGUUAUGAUGUGUAUACCAUUCCAAAGUCCCUGCCAUGUCUUCACACAUUCUGCCUCAAAUGUUUAUCAUCAUACAUUGUCGCUGAAGAUGAAAACUUUGGAGUGAAACGUAAAAAGGGUUUUCCGUGCCCACUCUGCAGAGAACUGAUCGAAGCUCCUUGUUCAUCUAAGCCUCUUGAAGAAUGGGCCUCUGAUUUCAAGACAAACUUCUACAUUGAAAAUUUGAUGAAUGCUUUGAAGGUCAAGGAGUCAGAGAGCCAGCAGUUAACAAUAGUCAACAUCUUGAGCAAUGUUAGUUCCAAGCAGUCUCCUGAUGCUCCCGCAUCCAUGGAUCUGUCGUGUCAAGCUACAAACUCAAAUAGGUCUGGAAACCUCAGCAGCAUACCCUCAAUAACUAGUGAUGAGCGUAGACGUUUUGAGACUGGUAUGACAAAGAAUUCUUCAGUGCCUACUUUAAACCCUCUAACCCCGGAAACUGUCAACAUUUCUCAUCUAGCUUGUAUGCCAUAUCAACGACGGUUUCACCUUCUCAAAGAUCUUUCAGGGGAAAUGCAAGAUGACAAUACCAAAGUACAGUUGAGUGCAAUAUGUGUUGUUGGAGGAGUCAUUGCGGUUUUGGACUUUGGAAAUCAAAGCCUUAAAACCUUUUCCAACUUGAAUGAACAUGAUGUCAAAAUGCAGUCUCUUCAUCUUGCAGGUAAGCCCAAAUCUGUCACCAAUGUGUUAGACAGCUUUGUUGCAGUGACGGUUCCAUGUCUGAAAUCUAUUUACAUUAUCUCAAUUCAGUCAGAGCUGGAAGUUGUCUCGGUCUUGCGCACUGAACGAUGCUAUAAGAGCAUACAUGAUUCCGGAUCAGGAACCUUUAUAGCUGUCACAUGUCAGAUUCGUCAAAAUGAAAAUGACAUUCUAGGCCCAAUAGACAUUAUCAAUCAUGAAGGAAAGAGGCUGUCUUCCUUACGCAUCUGCAGGGAACUGAUUCGGCAUGACUUCACCAACAUAAGCGUGUCUCCCUCUGGUUUGAUCCAUCUUAUUGAUUCUACAGCCCAUUCAUUGGUCUGUUUGACUCAAUAUGGCCACGAAUUGUUCCGGUAUGCACCUGAAAACGAAGAAGAAAACUUUCUUUCCCAAAAUGGAUUAUGUUGUCGUACUGGUGAUAUAUAUGUUACACAUUUUGAAGCCAACAGUGUGUUUGUAAUAAAGUGUGAUGGUGGACUUCCUAUUCUUCAGAAGAAGAUUGUGUCCAUCUCUGAUGGUGUGAAGCAGCCCAUGGACGUCCAUGUAGAACCUGAUGGGACUGUGUUUGUUGCAUGUUGGGAUGGUUUUGUUCGUGUGUAUUCUUCUGGAGCACAACCUUCAAUAUUGAAGAAACAUAUGGAAACUGCUGUCACUCCUACAUCAAUGGAUCUGCCGUCUCAAGCUACAAAUUCGAAUAGGUCAAGAAACAUCACCACAUCCUCAGUAACUAGUGAUGAGCGUAGACGUUUUGAGACUGGUAUGACAAAGAAUUCUUCAGUGCCUACUUUAUACCCUCUAACCCCGGAGACUGUCAACAUUUCUCAUCUAGCUUGUAUGCCAUAUCAAAGACGGUUUCAUCUUCUCAAAGAUCUUUCAGGGGAAAUGCAAGAUGACAAUACCAAAGUACAGUUGAGUGCAAUAUGUGUUGUUGGAGGAGUCGUUGCGGUUUUGGACUUUGGAAAUCAAAGCCUUAAAACCUUUUCCAACUGGAAUGAACAUGAUGUCAAAAUGCAGUCUCUUCAUCUUGCAGGUAAGCCCAAAUCUGUCACCAAUGUGUUAGACAGCUUUGUUGCAGUGACGGUUCCAUGUCUGAAAUCUAUUUACAUUAUCUCAAUUCAGUCAGAGCUGGAAGUUGUCUCGGUCUUGCGCACUGAACGAUGCUAUAAGAGCAUACAUGAUUCCGGAUCAGGAACCUUUAUAGCUGUCACAUGUCAGAUUCAUCAAAAUGAAACUCUCAAUGGUGACAUUCUAGGCCCAAUAGACAUUAUCAAUCAUGAAGGAAAAAGCCUGUCUUCCUUACGCAUCUGCAGGGAACUGAUUCAGCAUGACUUCACCAACAUAAGCAUGUCACCCUCUGGUUUGAUCCAUCUUGUUGAUUCUACAGCCCAUGCAUUGGUCUGUUUGACUCAAUAUGGCCACGAAUUGUUCCGGUAUGCACCUGAAAACGAAGAAGAAAACUUUCUUUCCCAAAAUGGAUUAUGUUGUCGUACUGGUGAUAUAUAUGUUACACAUUUUGAAGCCAACAGUGUGUUUGUAAUAAAGUGUGAUGGCGGACUUCCUGUUGUUCAGGAGAAGAUUGUGUCCAUCUCUGAUGGUGUGAAGCAGCCCAUGGACGUCCAUGUAGAACCUGACGGGACUGUGUUUGUUGCAUGUUGGGAUGGUUUUGUUCGUGUGUAUACUGCUGGAGCACAACCUGCAAUAGUGAAGAAACAUAUGGAAACUGCGGUCUGAAAAUGUUGGAAUUAUGUAAAGAGAAUUGCCAUGCUUAAGAAGAGGCUCGGUUUUACAGUAUGUUUAAGCAUUGCCCUCUUGAUCUAGCCAAGAUUUGUAAUAGCCCAGUGAUGAUGUGAAUCCAAAUUUCCAGUGCGUAUCAGGCAACUUUGGUGUUUUGUCCCCAGGAAUCUCAUAAAGCAAUAUUAUACAAUCAUGAACACAUUUACAUUGGAUGUGGUAAAGUCUGUUGAUAUAUUUAUUUGUAUUAUUCUUUUGACUUAUAUCACUUUUAUGCACUUUUGUAGUUAUUAUUUAUCAUUAAUAUUGAUGUCUGGUAUAGAUAUAAUGAUACACUGCUGUAAAGACUUUGACAAUCUAUAAUCCAAGUGGAAACUUACAGAUUUUUACAUGGACAAUAAACAUGUUAUAGAGAGAGUAUGGCAUGUCGUGUACAGUACAACCAGAAAUUAUUGAGAAUUUAAAGAUUGUAAUUUUUUAUAUUUUUUUCACUCAUUACUCACAUAUUAAAUGUGAAUAUUAGCA